UUGUAUUGACUAGUGUAAAAACUGAGAAGUAAUGUGGUAAAUUGUGUGGUAUCAUUCUUCGGACUUUUGUACAUUUUCGAAUGAAGGAAAUGUGAUGUGAGAUGUGCUGAAUAUGUUGUGAGAAUAAUGUAAAGACUAGGUUGCGGCCGGCGGAUGGAUACGCUGCCAUUUUAGGAGGCGAUGCGGCAACCGUGUAUAUUCCGCCAUUCGAAACAAUCAAAGUAUUUUUCUCCAGGUGCAAGUCCUGGAAUUUUGGCGAAUAGUGUGUGGUAUUUAUGAAGUUUGUGAUAUGCGAUACGUUCGGAUCAAUCUGGAAAUUUUAAGGAUUACAGUGAAGUGAGAAUUUUGUUCAUAUGUGAUAUACAGGAUGAGGUAGGGCGAUGGAAAACGAAGUGAAGCAGCGAAAUCAAAGAAAUCGUCGACGUGAACGGGCGCAGCGCAUGCAAGCUCAGAGAGAAAGCAAAGCGAAGGAUGGGGAUAGUGCAGAGGACGAAUCUCCGGCUCGUGAAAAACCUCAGAGACCCCCAAAUAGGAGAAAAAAAUCGAAAGAGCCGCCGUUCGAAGAGGACAUCAUUGAUGGAUUUGCCAUUUUAGCUUUCCGCACGUAUGAGGAUCUCGAGAGUUUGACGAAGCAUGCGAGCAAGAAUAACAUUAAGAACGUGAACUCCUUGACGUUAGGUGACGAAAAGCCGAAAAUUGAUACGGGGCAGAAGAUUAAUAGUAACCACCACAUUGGUUCCAAUCCCGCACAGUGUCUGGUAUCACUUAACCACGACGCCGCCGGCACGAGUGACGACAGCGGAAGGGCGUCAGAGCGGUUGAACGGGCCCAUAGCUUCCCGUGAUCGAGACAGUUCACACGACAGGCUCAGUGAUGCCAGCAGUCAUUGUAGCUCAGGAAAAGGCUAUAUCUGUGAUAGCGAAGGUGAAGACGAUAAGGGGUCCGAUGCGGGAUCAGAUCUCUUCACAACCACUCGAAAACACGAGUUACCAGGCAACCCACCGCCACCAAUCAACAACGGAACAGGGUCGCCUGGUGGGGGCAGUGGCGAGACCAGUCCUGCCCCCAGCCCUCUACCCCCACGAAUUCCUACUCCACCAACACCGCCACCUCAACCGCACAAUCCUACACCCAUCACGAACCCGCCCUCAUCACCAUCACUCUCGUCACAACCUAGUGUGGUAUCAAAUGGACCAGUACCACGUGUUGGGCCCACGCAAUCAGUGGUUCAGUCUCCUCCGCCAGUACCCCCUCCACCCCUUGUUCCUUUACCAUUGCCACAGGCUCAGCCACAUGUGCAGCCACCACCAGCAGCAGCAGUGACAGCAGCACCUGUACCCGCACCCCAUGCCCCCCAGCAACACUGCCCAAACAGUAAUACAAAUAGCAUCAAUAGCAACAGCAGGACCGGUAGUCCAGCUGUGGCAACUCCAGCGCAAUCUGCUCCUAACAGUUAUGCGCCCCUAUCACUAGCUGCUUAUCCAAAUUCCCAUCCACACCCACAUCCGCAUCCGCAUCCAGCUUACCCACCCCUGUAUGCACCCUAUUCUGCAACGUUGCAGCAUAGUCCGUACCUUCCGCAAGCGGCCGCCUCACCUCUGCCUUCGCCCUGCAAUGAUUCGAGGUCUACAAGAUCCCCGUGCCCUAUUGUUGCCAAGCAGCCACAGCAUUCUGGUGGAUCCACGACCAUUCCCGCGGUGACGACACCUGUCACUGCAGCUUCAGCACCUAUUGCCACCACAACAACAGCACCAGCAGUGACAACAGCUACAGCAGUAGUUAUAACAACCACAACAACAAGCCACAGAGACAUUGUGACAACACCUAUAGUCGGUCGCAGUCAUUCGCCAAGGGGCCACAGUCCAAACAGGGAACGGGACAGCUAUAGCAGUAACGUGAGUAGCCUAAGCAGAAGCAGCAUUACGCCUGUGAGUGCAGCCACACUGUCUAGUAGUUGUGUAAUCACAUGUAACUCAUCCCCCUUCAGUUCGGCCGCAGCACCAGCUCCAGCGAUUGUGUCUUCUAGUCUUGCCUUCACCAAAACACCAUCAUGGGGCAGUUCAAGUGGGCAGCAGUUGUCACCAGCAGCAUCUGUACCACGGCCAACGCCCCCUCCUGUGCCACUUCCAGCCACUCAUCCUCUUCAUCCCGCUACACAUCCAUUUCCUCCACCAAUGUUUGCACCUCCUCUUCCACCCCCUGCUGCAACAGCCAGUCCUCUGAGCCUGCCACCAGCUGCCAACCCUAACCCCUUCUCAGCAGAGUCUCUCUUCCAGUCAAAUCAAGCAGACCUGUUGCGUCGGGAGCUUGACAGCAGGUUUCUGGCGUCACAGGAUCGUUCACUGAAUGUAGGGCCACCACCGUACCUGCGAACUGAGAUGCAUCACCAUCAACAUCAACAUACACAUGUACACCAACAUACUGCACCAAUACUGCCACCACCUCCUGCACCCUCUCUCUUUCCCACUCCACUGUUUAAGGAAAUCCCAAAAUUAGGUGGCGUGGACUCACCAUUUUACAGGCAAAAUCUUGGGCUCACAAGUUAUCCUGGGUUUUCACCAGGAUUACUACAUCCUAGUCUAGGGGGCUCUACUCCCUUUGCUCCACCCAAUCAUCUCCCUGCAUUUACGCCAAAGCAGAUGGGUGAUCCCUCAAAACCCAAACCAGUGAAGUCAGGUCGUUGGAAUGCAAUGCAUGUGCGUAUUGCUUGGGAGAUAUAUCACCAUCAGCAGAAACAGCAGCAAGAGGCAAAAGCUGGAGCAGGAAAAGCUGAACUACUUAGGCCACCUAAUCAUCUGUUUCCUAGCGGCUUGGCUGCCCCACCUCGCCCCCAUGACCUGCCUUCUUUUGCCACUUCUCUGUCCGGACACAGAGGACCUCCCUUUGAUACAGCACCUCAUCCAAGCAGCUUUCUCAACCCACCUUCCAGUCAUAUUGGUAGUGGAGUGUCUCCAUUUGGGCGCUACCCUGCAACUUUUGGUGGACCAAACUCUGCUUUCCCUGGUCUUGGAACAUCAGUAUUUCCACCCCCAAGAGACCUCCCUCCUCUCCCAGCUCUUGGGCCUGUUCAUGAUCCCUGGAGCCGACUCCAACGAACCGCGGGCGGUUUUCCAACAUCGGCUGCAAGUCCAUGGGGUCUGAAACCUGAACCAAGUCCAUUGGAGAGGAGGGAGCUCGAAGAAAGGGAAAGAGAACGUGAGAGGGAGCGAGAGAGGGAAAGAGAGAGGGAACGUUGCCGUAGGGAACGAGAACGGGAAGAGCAGCGUGAGAGAGAACGUCGAGAACGGGAGAGGGAAGAAAAACAGCGGAAGUUGGAGGCAGAGCGUGAACGUGAAAGGGAACGAGAAAGGGAAAGGGAAAGAAGGGAAAAGGAGAGGAAGGAGAUGGAGAGACGAGAAUUAGAACGGGAACGUCUUCUUCAUCAGCAACGUGUUGAAAAUAGCAACAAAAUUAUAUCUCGAGAUAGGUCACCUAUUCGAAAUGGAACUGCACCAGAUGGUGAUGGGGUGAGAGUGAAGGAAGAACCUCGGACUGGCAAGGAAGAUGAUGUGGUCUUGUUGAGUCGACCUGGAGCAACAGGUGAUGCUCGCUUCCAUCCCCACCAUUAUUUGUCCCGCCAUCCACACGGAAUUCCCCCUCCUCCAACAAUGCUGGAUCGGUCCAGGGUGGUUCCACCAGUCUUGGGUGCUCCUCCAAUACCACCGCACUUUUCCAGUGGUCCUGGUUCGACUUGGCCAGGAGCUGAUCCUUUCAGAGAUAAUGCAUACAGGUUUGGUCACCUGCAGCAGCUGCAUUUCACUCCGUUAAUGGCUGCAUACAGGGCUGAAGAAGAAGAGCGUGCCAAGUUGUUUCAACCUUACCCACCACCUCCAGGACCACAUUUACGGGGAAAGGCACCUAGUCCCUCUGGAGCAAUGCAAAAUAACCAUCAUCUCCAUCAUCGGGCAGGGCCUGGCCCAGGACCGGGCCCUGGCCCUGGCCCAGGGCCUGUAGGACACAAACUGGCAUGUCCAACACCUCCUUCAACCAGACCACUAGACGGCACUCAAGUGGUGGACUUACACAAGAAAGAGGAGUCUUCACAGUCACGAUGAUAGCUGCUCUUGCCCUGUAUGAAUGUGUUCCCACUAUCAGCCUCACAAGACCAGGGAGAAAUCAGGGAGCCAUGACUGGCCAGUUUCGGAUAUCUUCCCCGCGCGUUGACAGUCCCGAAACAUUUUUCAGUUUUGCUUCAUGCUGUUUCCUCUUUCUGGUCUUGUGAUUAUGCUACCCAAGUCAUUGUGUGAUUUUUGACUUGCAAAAAGAAAACUCUGUCUGUCUGUGUGCUAAUUUAUUUUAUUACAAGAAGAGAGAAUGUAAUUUAAAUACCAACAGUGGACCUGAGUUCUGCUCCUGUUGUUCAGUACAUUGUGUAUGUGCACUUCUGGCCAAAUUGUGAAAUUUGUAUGACAAUUUUUCAUUGAGUAUUUCUUGACCAGCCACACCAAAUAAGAAAGAAGUUGAAUCUGGCAUAUUAGAUCAAAUGGUUUUUUUAUACAUAAAAUGAGUGGAAUGCUUUUUUUACAUUGAAUGAGUAGUCAUAUUUUUGCGUGGAAAAAAUCCGUUUUUUAAUGUGAACUGUCUUUCAGAAAGAAAAAACAAAGCAAUUUUAAAAAGUAUUCAUUCCUGCAGAUAUAGUGUUACCUUCAACUUCUCUUUGAGUCUCUAUAAAAUAAGUAAACAGUGAAAUAAUUUAUUAGUUUGCUUUAAUAGGUGCUACCAUCUGUUGUGAUGUCCUGCUGUGGUCAUAAUAACAUGAAAUGUUCAACUAAAAGUUUGAAGAAAGAGAAGCAUUUAAGUGGCUGUGGUCCAGAUACUUACAUUGCAGAAACCCUGACAGUUCAGCCAAACAGACUUGUUUCCACUCUGAGUUGUUUCAGACUGCCACAUUUGCAUUGGAAUAAUUGAUUUGAUAUUAAAAAUAUGGAAUUUGGCUGCUUACAGGGACCUUGCACAGUUACGAAACUAAUUACAUGGAAUGUAAUAGGAUUCCCUUUACUAUUAAAUGCUUCUUUCAUUACAUGUUGUAAAAUAUACAAAACUGGUUGAUGAGUUCUUGGAUUGUGUGAACAGGGGUUGCUGCAGCCUUAAAAUUAGCCUUACAAUAUUCGUCACCCAUAGUACAUAAAUGUUUGUCACUUGUAUUAUAUGUUCUUCUGUGAUAGCGUGAAAGAGACUGAACUCGACUACUUUCAUAUUUUGGUAUGAGUUAUGAAACUGUGUUGUAGUCUAGAGGAACAUACUGUCCAGUCAGCCGGAGACCAUAGUCCCAUCAGGGCUACAGUCACCAGGAUCCUAAUAGGCUAGAAAUGCCAGCCUUAAUGAGCUGGGGACAGUGACCCCUUUGGGGGGCAUGUUCCCCACUAUGAAGGCAUACCUUUGCCCUGAAUAUGGGGGUAAUAUGGUCCUCCAGCAUUUUGGUACACACCUACUAGACUGACUGCAACACAGCGUCGUGACCUCAAGACCACAAUAUGAAUCUUCACUGCCAUGGAUAGCUCAAAUCUUAUGUAUUGAAUACUCUUGAUUCUAAAGUUGAGCCACCUUUCAUUAUGGUUUUUAAAUACAAAGUGUUAAUAUAAAAGGUAUUAAACUUUAUAGAAAAACAGUAUGCAUUAAAAUCUCGCUUCCUAGAAAAUACAUGACCUCUCUUUUUCUUUUACUGGCAACAAGAGGCCAAUGUCUCAUCACUUUGAAAUGGAUUUAUUUCUUUCAGCUGCAACUUAGCAAGGUAUAACAGUCAAGAGUUGAAUGAUUUUGUCUUAAGAUACAAAAUAAAUAGUGACAGACAAUGUAAAUUCUACCCUUAACUAUUAUGUUGAAUUUUUUUUAAAUGCGCUUAAUGGGGGGUGCAGUCCAACUGCGCCCACUUGGCAUGGCAGCGACUGAUUGGCCUAUUGUAGCCUACCCCGGUAAUUAUGAUGAUUGAGAAUUUGGUGGAAUGAAGAUUGGCAGGGG